UGGAAUCUGCGUGUCCUCUCGCUGAACAGAGUAUAGUUAAACAAUAUUAAUUAUAUAAUGGUUAUUUUUAUGAAUAUUAGGCAUACAUCGGUAUAUUUGAUAAAUCAUCACUCAAAAUGGGAAUAAACAAAAACUUUUUUUCUCAAAAAUUUGAUUAAAAUUGUGUAACUAGUCAUAUCAUUAUACGCAGUGGACUAUAAUGUAUUUCUCAAGGACGGGGACAUUAAAUCAGGUGCGAGAAAAGCUGGUGUACGCCGUGAUAAUAUUAUUUUUGAGUUCAGCAUUUUGCCAAGUGGAGGUAAAAAUUACCAAAGGAAUUUUAAAAGGUCGAGUUUUGAAAUCUAGAAAUGAACGGACUUAUUACUCGUUUACUGGUAUACCGUAUGCAAAACCACCCGUUGGAGAACUUCGAUUUGAGGCUCCAGCACCAGCCGAUCCAUGGGAUGGUACGUUAGAUGCCACUAAGCAUUCGAACGCAUGUGUCCAAAAAUAUGAAACUAAUAGCAGUGAAGAUUGCCUGUACUUGAAUGUCUACACGCCAAGUACUGAUGGCAAUUUUCCCGUUAUGUUUUGGAUUCACGGAGGGGCGUUUUAUUUGGGACACAGUAGUCCGGAUAUAUUUGGUCCUGAUUAUUUUAUGGAUUCAGACGUAGUCUUGGUCUCGGCUAAUUUUAGAUUAGGCGUAUUAGGUUUUUUGAGUACCGAAGACGAUGUUAUACCCGGAAACUAUGGAAUGAAAGAUCAAGUUGCGGCAUUGCGGUGGGUCCAAGAAAACAUUGUUAAAUUUGGCGGUGAUCCCGGAAAAGUGACGAUUUUUGGCGGAAGCUCUGGUGGAGCUAGUACCGGUUAUCACAUGUUAUCGCCAAUGAGUAAAGGUCUAUUCCACAAAGCCAUCCUCCAAAGUGGUACUCCGUUAUGCCGUUGGAGUACAUAUCUACCUGGCGUAGCGCGCGAUCGAAGUCAAAUCAUUUCACGUAUAGCUGGAUGCGUUGGAAACUCGUCUUCUAAAAAUAUAUUGAAAUGUCUCAAGACAUUACCGGAAAGUUUUUUCAGUGACGUUUAUGAUAAACUUCGGGAAUGGCACUCGUAUCCUACUGUAUUGUUUUCGCCGGUAGUGGAGCAGUGUGACACGGGCCAAGAAUCGUUUCUUUGUCGUCAUCAGUUGAAUGAGUUCAAGCAAGAGUCAUUCGUCCCGGCCAUUAUCGGACUAAACUCAGCUGAAGGCGGUAUGAUUGUUUCUUCUUUGUACAACGACACGUCUCUUCGAUAUCCAGAAUUUUAUACGGAUUUUAAUCGUUUGCUAUCGAUCAUACUGUCACAUCAGCAUUUCACACUAGAUUUGAGCGAAAUUGGUGAAAAAGUACUCGGGAAAUAUUUUCCAUCUGGAAAAAUCGGAGAUCAUUCGCAUUUGAAAACUGUCGAAAUGAUUACCGAUGGUCGUUAUCUUCACGGCAUAUUGGACAUGGCUCUUAAAUUGGUGUCACCGGUGUAUUUUUAUUUAUACGACUACCAAAACGAAUUUUCAUUUAACACUUUAUAUGGUAAAUGUAAUAAAAAAUUAGGAAUCACGCACGGUGACGAGUUGACCAGUCUGUUCAAAUCAGACACCAUAAAUCCUAAAAAAAUUAAUUCAAGAGAUACGGGUGUUUCGAAGCUUAUGGUUGAUGUUUGGACGAAAUUCGCAACAGCAGAAUCACCUACUAUUGAUGGGACAGUGAAUGGUCCAUCAUGGCCAACGUUUAACUCACAAAGACAAUCAAUACUUCACAUAAAUUCAGAUCAUCCAGAUAUUAUACAAAAUCCGUUUGAAGAAAAGUAUACUUUUUGGAAUAAUUUGCCUCUUCUUUCUAAUUUCAAGAAUGUAAUUUCUCAAAAUAGAUUUCCACCAGACCAUAUGAAAAAUGAGUUCCAUACGCAAAUUUUGUAUUUUGUAUUAUUUUUAUAUCAAUUAAUAAUUACAAUGAAAAGAAUUGGUAUUCUUUUGCUGCUGGUCGGACUCACAUAUGGUACGGACAAUAUUUUGAAUUUAAGACAAGGAAAGAUAAACGGUAGUAUUAUUAACUCAAGAAAUGGACGGGAAUUUAGUGCAUUCCAGGGAAUUCCCUAUGCCAAAUCACCGAUUGGAGACCUUAGAUUACAGGAUCCGGUAGAAGCCGAUUCAUGGGAUGGUAUAUUGGAUGCGACUCAGGAAAAACCAAUGUGCAUUCAAAAGAAUUUGUUCAUGUAUGAAUCAUAUAAUGUACUUUUAGGUGACGAGGACUGUUUGUAUAUGAAUGUAUACACCCCUAAGAUCGAUAAAAAAGUUCAAAAGGACUUGCUACCAGUUAUGGUUUGGAUCCCAGGUGGAGGUUUUAGCUCUGGACACGGAGGCCUGAGUUUAUAUGGUCCUCACUAUUUGCUAGACAAGGAUGUUGUUGUUGCUUCAUUCAACUAUAGAGUUGGACCUCUAGGUUUUUUGAGUACCGAAGACGAUAUUUUACCGGGAAAUUAUGGCAUGAAAGAUCAAGUUUUAGCACUGAAAUGGGUCAAAAGUAAUAUUGAAAAGUUCGGCGGAGAUCCGAAUAAAGUAACAAUAUUUGGUGAGAGUGCUGGAGGAGUCAGUGUUGGCUUACAUUUAUUAUCACCACUGAGCAAAGGAUUAUUUCAUAAAGCAAUACUGGAAAGUGGGACUCCCUUGUGCCGAUGGGGUGUAUCUCCACCAGGAUUGGCUAAACGUAGAGCCUUAUCACUGUCUACUAUUUCUGGAUGUCCUGAAGACUCAAAACAAUUGGCUAAAUGUCUGAGGAAUAUGCCCGCAGAGUUAUUAGUGGAUCUUCUCUACAACUUAUUUGAAUGGAAAGUGUUCCCGGCAAUCACCUUCAUGCCUGUUGUUGAAAACUGUGAAAAUAAAACAGGGUUUUUAUGUAAAUAUCCAUUGCUUGACUUUAAACAAGAAUCUAAUGUUCCAAUUUUAAUGGGCAUGAAUUCCGGAGAAGGUGGUCUUUUUGCUGCUCGAGUCUAUAACAAGAAUUGUGAAGUUGACCUCGAAUUAAAGAAUAAUUUUGAUCACUAUAUUUCAUCUUUACUUAUUUAUAAAUACACGACAAAGAUGUCCGAUCUUCCCAUAAUUAGUAAAAAGAUAUACAAUCGUUACUAUACUAAAGGAAAUAUGGACGAUCCUUUAGACACUGUUAAGAUGGUUAGCGGCGGAAUCUUUCUAGAAGGAAUAUUUGAUAUGGCAAUCAAACUAUCAUCACCGGUUCAUUAUUACGUUUAUGAUCAUACAAAUAAAAUAUCAUUUAAUUCAUAUUUCGGGCCUUGUCCCACUAAAUUAGGAGUAACACAUGGUGACGAAAUGAUAAGUCUAUUUUUUACCAACGGAAGUGAUGAAUUAAAAGGAGAGGAUCUCAAUGUAUCUAAACUUAUGAUCGAAAUAUGGACUAAUUUCGCUACCACUGACAAAGUUACGAUUGAUGGAACGGACAAUGGAAAAGAAUGGCCGUUGAUGGAUUCCAAAAGUAUGAAAUAUCUGCUGAUCAGUUCAAGUAAACCCGUCAUAUCCAAGAAGCCAUUCAUGAAAGAGUACGAAUUUUGGAAAGGUUUACCAUUAUUAUCUGCAUUUAAAAAGUCUGUGGAGGUUUUAAAAACUGAAAUUUGAUUUAAAAACAAUCAUACAUAAUCAAUUUAUAUUAUAUAUAUACAAAAAAUAUUGAUUUUAAUACAAUGUGUAUAAAAUCAUAAAAAUGUGACAACUUAAUGUUUAUUCUAUGGGGUAAAAAUGUAAAAAAAAUCCAAUUGCCGGGUAUGAAAUUGUACAUAAAAAUUAUAAUUUAAGAUAAUCUGAAUUAUGAACCUAAUAUAUGUAUGUACCUAUCAUUUGGUCCAUUAUAAGGAUAGAUGAUGAGCAAUUAAUUAAAUCAUGCUGAGACAAUACAAAUGUUUGAAAGAUUUAUUAAUAAAUGUUAUAUAUUUAAUGUAAUUUAUUUCAGUUGAACACCAUUAUAAUUAAUUAUUAAAUACAUA